UAUUUCACCGCUUCCUGUCAUGCUGCAGAUCUUUUCUCCAUGUGAGGCUUUGCUGAAGCUACAGCGUCUCUAUGACUGGAUGUGAAUUCAGCAUCUGAGCAUUGUCCAAAGGAACAACUGAAUGCAGCUCUUCCAGCAGGUGGGGGCUCGGCUAUGAAUCAGUGUGAAGACAGAGAGGAGGGAGCCCCUCCCUCUAAAACCACUCUGUGUGGGGAACAUGAGAGCCAGACUAAAGAUCAGAGGAUGCAGCAGCAGAGACCAGAGUCUCCUGAACCCAGCUGUGUGUCCAUGAAGAGUGACUGGUCUAUGGGUCGUCCUAUUAACUUUAAAGGUGGACAACCUGCUGAUGGAAGAGUUCAGCAGGAAAGCUCAGAGGUCCACAGUGAUCAGUCUGUCCAGCAGCAUCAACCAGACCUGGACUCCAUAUUUAUGAUGCUGGAGGAGAACAUUGCCACUUUUGUGAAGAACGAGCUGCAAAGAGUCCAGAGGGUCCUGAGACCAGAUUACCCAGAAUGCUUAGAGGUGUUGGAUGGUGAGGAUGAAGAGCAGAGGAGCAACAGAGAGGCAUUUCUGAAGAUCACACUCAACUUCCUGAGGAGCAUGAAGCAGGAGGAGCUGGCUGACUGUCUGCAGAGCAAAAGCCAUGCUACAAUUUGCCAACGUAAACUCAAAUCUCACCUGAAGAAGAAGUUCCGGUGUGUGUUUGAGGGGAUCGCUAAAGCAGGAAACCCAACCCUUCUGAAUCAGAUCUACACAGAGCUUUACAUCACAGAGGGAGGGACUGGAGAGGUCAAUGAUCAACAUGAGGUCAGACAGAUUGAAACAGCAUCCAGGAAACCAGUCAGACCAGAAACAACCAUCAGACAAGAAGACAUCUUUAAAGCCUCACCUGGAAGAGAUGGACCAAUCAGAACAGUGAUGACAAAGGGAGUGGCUGGCAUCGGGAAAACAGUCUUAACACAGAAGUUCACUCUGGACUGGGCUGAAGACAAAGCCAACCAGGACAUACAGUUCACAUUUCCAUUCACCUUCAGAGAGCUGAAUGUGCUGAAAGAGAAAAAGUUCAGCUUGGUGGAACUUGUUCAUCACUUCUUUACUGAAACCAAAGAAGCAGGAAUCUGCAGCUUUGAUCAGUUCCAGGUCGUGUUCAUCUUUGACGGUCUGGAUGAGUGUCGACUUCCUCUGGACUUCCCCAACACUGAGAUCCUGACUGAUGUUACAGAGUCCACCUCAGUGGAUGUGCUGCUGACAAACCUCAUCAGGGGGAAACUGCUUCCCUCUGCUCGCCUCUGGAUAACCACACGACCUGCAGCAGCCAAUCAGAUUCCUCCUGAGUGUGUUGACAUGGUGACAGAGGUCAGAGGGUUCACUGACCCACAGAAGGAGGAGUACUUCAGGAAGAGGUUCAGAGAUGAGGAGCAGGCCAGCAGGAUCAUCUCCCACAUCAAGACAUCACGAAGCCUCCACAUCAUGUGCCACAUCCCAGUCUUCUGCUGGAUCACUGCUACAGUUCUGGAGGAGGUGUUGAAAACCAGAGAAGGAGGAGAGCUGCCCAAGACCCUGACUGAGAUGUACAUCCACUUCCUGGUGGUCAACAUCAAGUAUCAUGGAAGAUCUGAGAGAGAUCCACACUGGAGUCCAGAGAGAAGGAAGAUGAUAAGGUCUCUUGGAAAACUGGCUUUUGAGCAGCUGCAGAAAGGAAACCUGAUCUUCCAUGAAUCAGACCUGACAGAGUGUGGCAUCGAUAUCAGAGCAGCCUCAGUGUACUCAGGAGUGUUCACACAGAUCUUUAAAGAGGAGAGAGUGCUGUACCAGGACAAGGUGUUCUGCUUUGUUCAUCUGAGUGUUCAGGAGUUUCUGGCUGCUCUUCAUGUCCAUCUGACCUUCUUCAACUCUGGAGUCAAUCUGUUGUCAGAAGAACAAACACCCUCCUGUUUACCUAUUGUAUUUAGAAAAAAACUAAAACAAGCUAAAAAAACUCUCUACCAGAGUGCUGUGGACAAGGCUUUACAGAGUCGAAAUGGACACCUGGACUUGUUGCUCCGCUUCCUCCUUGGUCUUUCAUUUGAGACCAAUAAAACACUCCUACGAGGCCUGCUGUCAGAGACAGGAAGUAGCUCAGAGAUCAAUCAGUCAACAGUCCAGUACAUCAAGAUGAAGAUCAGUGAGAAUCUGUCUCCAGAGAGAAGCAUCAAUCUGUUCCACUGUCUGAAUGAACUGAAUGAUCGUUCUCUAGUGGAGGAGAUCCAACAGUACCUGAGACCAGGAAGUCUCUCCACAGAGAAACUCUCUGCUGCUCAAUGGUCAGCUCUGGUCUUCAUCUUACUGUCAUCAGAAAAAGAUCUGGACGUGUUUGACCUGAAGAAAUACUCUGCUUCAGAGGAGGCUCUUCUGAGGCUGCUGCCAGUGGUCAAAGCCUCCAACAAAGCUCUGUAA